AUGCGUCUUCAAGUUGCAUUCAAGCUCGCUGUCGUUUGCGCAAUUGCCCAUUCUUAUCCGCUCCAGCCAGUGAACAGAGAUGAGGCAGGUGUUGGUUUGAAGGCCCGUGAAGUGGAAAAUCAACCGGUUGCCGAAGAAAUCUUUGACAAAAGAGAGCCUUUAUUGCUUAAAUCAACAAAACACACCAGUAGUGGGACCAAAGGCGAAUCAGAAGAAAUUCUGGAGUUAUCUGAAGGAGGGAGUUCCGAGGCGAAAUCUGCUGCCGAAGAAGGCAUCAAACCUGCCAAAGUUACUACCGCCAAAGUGGUCGCCGAGGCUUCGGAGGCGGCCAUAAAACCAGCCACUACCGCCAAAGUGAUUGCCAAGGCAUCAGACGAUGCUGUAAAGCCAGCGACCACUGGCGAGGCCAUUGCCAAAGCAUCAGAGAGUGUUGCAAAGCCAACGACCACUGGUGAGGCCAUUGCCAAAGCGUCAGAGAGUGUUGUAAAGCCAACGACCACUGGUGAGGCCAUUGCCAAAGCAUCAGAGAGUGUUGCAAAGCCAACGACCACUGAUGAGGCCAUUGCCAAAGCGUCAGAGAGUGCUGUAAAGCCAGAGACCACCACCAAAGCUUCUGCAGGUGGUAAAGUAUUGAAUGGGGUUAAGAAUGUUGGGGAAGUGGCGGUUGCUGGUGGAGCGAUUGCCGCAUUGGCAGAUCAAUUUGAGACCAGUGGUUCUGAUUCUGCCGACACCGCGUCUUCUGCCACCUCUUCUGCAGCUGGGUCGUCGAGCACUUGUAUUCCUUCGAGCGAGAACUUGUGUCCAGUUGGUGAUGGGACAUAUACUGAUGGCGAAGGAGAUAUCUACAACUCUCUUGGUCUGUUGAUCAGUGCUGCAACAACUACUGCCACUGCCACUGCCACUGCCACCGCCACUGGGACUGCUGCUUCUGCUACCGCCACUUGUGUUGCUUCGGGAGAUAAUUUGUGUCCAGUUGGCGAUGGUACUUAUUAUGACGAGGAGGGGAACAUCUACAACUCAUCGGGAGACUUGAUUAGUUCUGCUUCUGUCAGUACCGUGACUUCUACCCGAGCCAGUGCCAGCGCCAGUGCCAGCGCCACUUCAGCCAGUGCCACUUGUAUUGCCACUGGAGAUUACUUGUGUCCACGGGGUGAUGGUACAUAUUAUGAUGAAUAUGGCAAUACUUACAACUCAUCUGGGGAUUUGAUUAGUUCUGCAAGUGCGAGUGCGAGUGCGAGUGCAAGUGCAAGUGCCACUAGAACUACCAGUGGUAGUAGUAUUGCCAGUGCCACUGCGUAA